AUGAUUGCAAUUGGAGGCUCCAUUGGUACUGGGCUUUUUGUCGCAUCGGGAAGAGCUUUGGCAGACGGAGGUCCAGCAUCGAUCUUGCUGGCUUUUACAAUCGUGGGUGCCAUGCUCUUUUGUACAUGUCAAGCGCUGGGUGAGCUUGCAGUCAUCUUCCCAAUUGCUGGAUCAUUCUCAUCGUGGGCGACUCGGUUCAUCGAUCCGUCUUGGGGAUUCGCAAUGGGGUGGAACUACGCGAUGCAAUGGCUCAUCGUGUUACCGCUCGAGAUCAUCGCCGCAUCACUAACCCUCUCUUACUGGGACGAGAGUCUUACACGCGCCAUUUUCGUCUCUGUGUUCCUAGUCGUCAUCAUAGUCAUCAAUAUGUUUGGCGUCAAAGGCUACGGUGAAGCCGAAUUCAUCUUUUCCAUCAUCAAGGUCAUUGCUGUUAUAGGCUUCAUCCUUCUCGGCAUCGUUCUCAACUGUGGCGGAACGCCAGAUAGCGGGUACAUUGGCGGCCGCUAUUGGCAAAACCCUGGUGCUUUUAACAACGGCUUUAAAGGAAUGUGCAAUGUGUUUGUUACAGCUGCUUUCUCUUUUGCUGGCACUGAGCUUAUUGGCCUUGCUGCCGCCGAAACAGCGAAUCCGCGAAAAUCGCUGCCAACGGCUUUGAAGCAGGUGUUCUGGAGGAUCACGCUUUUCUAUAUCGUUGCCUUGACAUUAGUAGGACUCCUCGUUCCACAUACUGACCCUCGGCUCGUGGGCGGUAACAGCGAUGCGGAUGCAUCAGCCUCACCUUUUGUGAUAGCCAUCGAAGAAGCCGGCAUUCAGGUUUUACCAUCUGUCAUGAACGCGGUCAUCCUUACUGCCGUCCUGUCCGUCGGUAACUCUGCCGUCUUCGGUUCCUCGCGUACCCUUGCCGCUCUUGCAAACCUUCGGCAGGCUCCCAAGAUCGUCGGCUACGUCGACCGCAAAGGCCGACCACUCGUCGCUAUUGCGAUCGCAAGUGCGUUCGGCCUCAUUGCUUUCCUUGCAGAUCUGCCCGAACAAGGAGCUGUCCUUGACUGGCUCAUGGCCAUCUCAGGCUUAUCAACCAUCUUUACAUGGGGCUCUAUUUGCGUGUGUCAUAUCCGUUUUCGCCAUGCGUGGGCUGCCCGUGGCCGCUCUGUCUCCGAGUUACCCUUCCAAUCCCAGGUCGGCGUUGUGGGUUCUUGGGUUGGUAUCACACUGAACGUUCUUGUCAUCAUAGCGCAAUUCUGGGUCGGCGCCUUUCCCAUCGGCUGGCAAGAAUUAACAAGCGCCCAGGUCGCGCAGAAUUUCUUCCAUAAAUGGGUUGGCGCACCCUGCGUUUUGGCCUUUUAUAUAUUCCACAAGCUUUAUUUCCGGACUACAUUUGUGAGAAUACGAGAUAUGGACGUCGACACUGGACGUCGGGACUUUAACGUCCCUAUCCUUGUCGCCCAGGAACGAGAGGAACGAGAAGGAUGGCCCCGAUGGAAGAGAUAUUAUAAGUUCAUGUGCUGA